UCAUCAUCAGUGAGUCACACAGUUCCCAAGCCGGGCGGUCCCACGGUUUCUCUUCCUUGGUUAUCAUAGUCUGCGACUGUGCCCGGCCCUUCUUCUUCAGUGCGAGAUUUAGUUUUUUCUUCAACUUCCUUAAUUGUUCCGCAGUGAUUGUGAUUUCAGUGAUUUUGUGAAACCUGUCACUCGCCGAGUUACUCUUCCUCCAGGACCCAGAAUAGACAGAUAAAACAUGGCUAAAAAGCCUGUUUCUCCGGAGGCUCUCCACAAAGUGAUCAUGGUGGGCAGUGGAGGUGUUGGCAAAUCUGCACUAACUCUGCAGUUUAUGUAUGAUGAAUUCGUGGAAAAUUAUGAACCGACAAAGGCAGACUCCUACAGGAAAGAAGUUGUUUUAGACGGUGAAGAAGUUCAAAUAGAUAUUUUAGAUACUGCCGGACAAGAAGAUUAUGCAGCGAUUAGGGAUAAUUAUUUUCGCAGUGGAGAAGGGUUUCUGUGUGUUUUUUCAAUAACUGAAGAUGAAAGUUUUCAAGCUAUACAAGAAUUCAGGGAACAAAUUUUAAGAGUAAAAAAUGAUGAAAACAUUCCUUUUCUCUUGGUGGGAAAUAAGGGUGACCUUCAGGACAGAAGAAAGGUAUCAUAUGCAGAAGCACAAGGACGUGCCCAGCAAUGGGGUGUACCUUAUGUUGAAACCUCAGCAAAAACAAGAGAAAAUGUAGACAAAGUGUUCUUCGAUCUGACAAGAGAAAUCAGGUCACGGAAAAUGGAAGAUACCAAAACAAGUAAUGGGGGUGGCAAAGAUAAAAGCAAGAGGAAGAAACUAAAGUGCAUUAUACUAUAGACUCGUGUAUAUUUUAUAUAAACCUAUUUUAAUCAUUAAUAAUGCAUUAUAAUGAUACGAACAAAACAGACUGCCACUCUAAAGCAUGCUCUGAAUUUAUUUAUGUAUUUAUUUUUUUUGUAUUAUUUAUUUCAUUUUGUUUAGAGAAAAACUUUUUGUAAAGUUAAAUUAAUUUGUUUAAAAGAAAUGUGUAAGCAAGGAAAAACUCUCCAUGAUUUAAAUCAACUUUCUAUGUCAAUCAUCUAACUGAUUAAUGGAUAACGUAUGAACGGAUAAACAGACAAUGUUUAUUAUCUGGAGACUGGUGCCCACCUUUUCCUCUGUCUUGUAGAAUUUCUGUCGCUUCAUCCACAUUAUUAUAAACCAUAUUGUAGGAAACCGUGUGGGCAUUCUUAUUAUGUAUGACAAUGGCUGGCAAUCUUAUUUUCCUGUCAUUAUAUUUAUUGUAAAUGAGCUCUUGAAAAUUGAAUUUUCGUCAUAAUCUAUUUAAACAGGUAUAUUUUGUUUUAAUUUAUAUAUUCUUCAAAUUAUGAAUCCUUUUACAUUAAUUUUUGAAGAUUUUUCCUGCAUUUUCUUGCUUUUUUCCUUGCUUUUUUUCUGUAUUACAGAAUAUAAAACUGAAGUUUUGAGGUAGAAUUCAUCCAGCACUCUUGUUCGGAACACUUCAAGUUCAGUUUUAUUCUUAAACUCCAUGCUGGCAUAAAUAUGUAGUAUUAAAUUUUUCUUCUCUGUUAACAAUAUUAAAUGUAAGAUAACUGCAUCAUUAAAAAAUCAUGUACCAUCAGGUAGCCAACUGAGGACCAUUACCAGUCUAAGGAUGUUGUUUCUUCAGGAAAGAAGGAAAACAGCAAAACAUACGGUAAAGAUGUCUGUUUUUCAAAGCUAGUGUAAUGUGAGCUUUGAAAUUUGAACUUUCUUUACAAAUUACAAUUUGAUGCAAAUAUAAUUGGCAUGAUAUGAUCUCCAAUCUUGCUCUCAGGCACUCUUUAGUACGCUUUGUAUCUUACUGCUAUCCUACAGGUAGCCUAUCACAGUAAGAUUUCUUUUUUCUUCUUGUUUAUUAUCUUUGUAUUAAAAAAUAAAUCCGUGCUUUCUGUGUACAAAUUGUAAAAGUUAUCCUAAAGUCGCCAAAAACUAUUCCUUCCAAAAUUCAUUUCACUUCGAUAAUACUACAAAUGUUUUUUUUGAGGGAGCCCCUCUUUUUUAUCACUGUGAAGUCUUCAGAACCAAAAUAACAUGUUAAUGGCUUAUCUUAUUCUAUUGAACUGGAAGUAUUUUGACGCCGUAUUUUAUUUUAUUGUACUUUUGUACUGCUUCAAAAUUUCCAGCACCCCUCUUACCUUCUUUUGUACUUUUUCCACCAAUUUAGCAAUUGUUUUUAUAUACUUACUUCCCUAAUACCAUUCCUAUUAUUAAUUGUAAAUAACAGGCCACUUUAUUGAUCCACCGUAAUCAUGAGUCUUUUUCAAAGUCAGCAGGCUGCAAAAUUGAAAUUGAUAGACAAAAAAGAAAAAUUAAGCAAUCCUCUUGUCGGAAGCGGGUGGUUGCAAUAGAGGAAGAUGAUAAGUAAAAGACUAAUUAACACCAACCUGUGAGGAUUCCUAUAGCUAGUCCAUAAUUUUCCCCCCUAGUCUCUGACAACAUUUACAACCACCCGUUUCAUCACUAAGAUCGCUCCUUUUUCCCGUCAUCUUCUUUAACUUUCGCUUUGUUUAUCAAUUUCAAUAAUCAGCCCCCAGAAGAAAAAAAAAUGUUUCUCAAUGAAGGCAUUCAAAACUUUCAUGAUCAGUCUUAACUAAGAUUAAUAUUACAAUGUCAAUUUGUAUAACACCUGCUGUGUCUCAAGUGCUGUGCCUGAAAUAUUGAGAAGGGUUAUCGUUGAUUUUGACAAAUUCUUCACUUGGUAUCUUCACUAAACUGCUGCUGAGCCAGGCUUUUGAAACUUUGAACAAAUCAUGGGUUAUGGCUUAGUAAUCUUUUCACUAGCAUCCAAGACUCAUGAGUGAUCAGUAAAUUAGUCUCAAAUAUCAUUAUCACAAAAAGUUAUAUUAGUUGAGUUGUGUUGUAUGUUCAAUUGUGAAGGACUUGACAGUUCCGCACACUCCUUGUCGCAGAUGGUUCGAUCAUAUAAUCGUUGUUUGGAUCCCGACUUCUACUUCGCCAAUUUUUUUCCCUGCAACUUUGGAAAAUUAUUUUCAUACAGCCCCUUACUGGUCAUGGACUGUUCAUUUUUGUAUCAACUUCAUGGUGAUCUUUCGAUAAAACCUAUACUGCAUUCUGUUAUUAUGUCUAAUAUUGCAUCAGCCAAAGUAUGCUCACUUGUCUGUUAUACAAAUUUGUGAUAUUCAAGGCUUUAAUUCGGUGACUUUCAUUUUGAAACAAUCAUGUAAUAUUUCUUUUUGUGAUAGUGAUUCCAACGUCGGUUCAUUACUUGCCUAAAACUUAUUCAGGCACUUGUGCCAAAGUACAUCUUGUACCUUGAUCUAUCUAGUUAAUAAACUCUUUAGUACAUCAGUGUGAACUUGGAGGGAAAAUGAUGGACAGAAUUUGAGUAGUGGUUAAAACUACCCCUACAAAUGACCAAUGCGACAUCCCGCCAAGAGGACAUUACUGAGAAACAUCAUUCAAAGUCUCAUUUCACAGACACUUGUACAAAAAAGUUGCUCUUAACCAGGUUUUCUAUGCACAAAUGCACCCCAAGUCGCACUGAUGUUCAGUCGAAUACCAGAUUAAACUAAGGAGAACUAUUUCUACUUAUAAUUAAGGAAUGCUUAGACUAUUGAAACAUCCUUGUACUAUUUUAACUUGUAUUUCUCUCCCUUUUUUUUCAAUUCUAAUGUGAUUUAAUUUCGUCAGAAUCUUAUUUCUACCCAAAUUAAAUAUAAAUAUUUUAAUGAAA